AUGUCAACCGACAUCAACUACAACGACCCCUUAUCAGGAAAUACCAUCGAUAACUUGAUAGACCAAACCCUUUACUCGAAAGGCAUACAGACCAUCCUCCGUCACGAGACACCCUUGAUGAAGGUGUACGGCAUCAAAUUCGACUUUUCUCACCCAGAGGCCGAUCGCGACUACAUCGACAGCCCAUAUCAGUCACUCUUCAUAGCUGUCAAAGCAGCCUUGGCACUUGCGAAUACAGAUGCCUUCACUCAAGUGUUCUCCCUAUGUGGAAUCCAUGAGGAACACUGCAGAGGCCCGUUUCCCCCAAUCGAGAAGGUCAUGGUGGAGAAUCGCUCGUCGGUCUACCAUUUUCAUGCCCGUGGGAACCUCUCCCAUCGAUUAGUUAUUGUUCCGGAGAUACUCUUGGAUGGAGUGUUUGCAGAAUCAUAUGACAUUGAUACACAGAGACAGCAGAGCCUUGAAUGA